CAACGAGCAGAUGCACAAGAAAGCUGUUCGCAUGUAACAGACGGUGGCUCGACUAUCAUAAGUGAAUCGCAGAUCACGUUGUUAAGAGAACAGUGAGUGAUUUUCUGCUGCACUACGUCCACAGACGUCUGGUUUUCUUGACGUCAGGAGAAGUCUGAGCGGACCCAGCGCUGCGCACAAGCACAGCAACCACAUCGCUCCCAGAGGGAAGGAGAACACACCACAGCCACAGAUCGCCAUUUAGCUGUAGUGUGGCGAAUCCGAUCAGCAUUGUAGGAUGCCUCUUGGAGAGGAUGGAAAUGGAUGGAAAAAGAAGACAUCAGACAUCAAAGAACAUUAUGACUUCAAAGAAGUGCUGGGAACGGGAGCUUUCUCAGAGGUGGUUCUAGCAGAGGAGAAAAGGACCCAGAGGCUGGUGGCCAUCAAGUGCAUCCCCAAGAAAGCAUUGGAAGGCAAAGAGAACAACAUCGAAAAUGAGAUCGCAGUACUACACAGAAUCAAGCAUCCCAACAUUGUUACACUGGAGGACAUCUUUGAAAGUACAUCCCACCUAUAUCUCGUCAUGCAGCUGGUGUCUGGAGGUGAGCUGUUUGACAGGAUUGUGGAGAAAGGUUUCUACACAGAGAGAGACGCCAGCCAACUCAUCCACCAGAUCUUGGAUGCAGUCAAAUAUCUGCAUGAUAUGGGGAUCGUCCACAGAGACUUGAAGCCGGAGAACCUGUUGUAUUACAGCAUGGACGAAGACUCCAAAAUCAUGAUCAGCGAUUUUGGGCUGUCAAAGAUCGAGGGAGCAGGCAGUGUCAUGUCCACCGCCUGUGGUACUCCCGGAUAUGUGGCUCCGGAGGUGCUCGCUCAGAAGCCGUACAGCAAAGCAGUGGACUGCUGGUCCAUAGGAGUUAUUUCUUAUAUUCUGUUAUGUGGAUAUCCUCCGUUUUAUGAUGAAAAUGAUGCCAAGUUAUUUGAGCAGAUUCUGAAAGCAGAGUAUGAAUUUGACUCUCCAUACUGGGAUGACAUCUCAGACUCAGCCAAAGACUUCAUCUGUCACCUGAUGGAGAAAGACCCUUUGAAGAGAUAUACAUGUGAGCAGGCUCUUCAGCACCCAUGGAUCUGCGGAGACACAGCUCUGGACAAGAAUAUCCAUGAAUCUGUCAGCGCUCAAAUCAAGAAGAACUUUGCCAAAAGUAAAUGGAAGCAAGCGUUUAAUGCCACAGCAGUGGUGCGCCACAUGCGGAAGCUGCAGCUGGGCACGAGUCUCGAGGGACCCAGUCAGAUUACUCCCACCAGUCCCUGCCAUGGACAUCUGCUCCCAGAGGAGGAGGAGGAGGAGGAGGAAGAUGAUUUGGGCAAUGGGGAGGAGGAGAGCUUGUCCCACUACGAGGACGGCCGUCGCGGAAGCACCGAGGGCAGCACAGAUCGGGACAGCCUGAGAAGCUGCACCUACUGCUGCAGGCCAGCCAGUCGCGUUUGAGCACAAGUUGUCAUGGUGACAUUGUAUCCCUGGAGCGCCCAGAGCCCGCCCGCCCAGUCUGGCCAGGAAUGCAGAGUAGUUAUCAGGCAGUGUCCACCAGAGUACAUCCACAGCGAGCAGGUCACUGUCACAGUGUGGAGAAACAUACUGUAAGUCUUUGUCCCAGAAAAUAAAAAAAAUACACAUCCUGACUCAAGACACACACAUUUUAUUUUAUUUUAUUUUUAGCAGAGCAGAAUGUAAGGCUGCUCCGAGUGGACAGUGAUUUAAAAGAAAGGGCCGGUCUGUAUGAUGAGCAACCUAAUGUGUAGUUGUCCUUUGUGCAGCUAUAGUAGACAGGGGUCAUAUGAAAGCGCGCAAAUUACAAGACAUGUUUCUGGAUGUUAGCUUUAGGAAGGAUUCAAGCCGCCAGAGUCUUAAUCAAAGACGAGGCGUUGGCCUAAAGGCAGUCUUCUCCAUUAUUUUUGUUCUCACAUUAUCUGUCACAUCUACCUCUAAUCACAAUUACCGUCUGUCUGCUUCCAUCUGGCUCACACUCUCUACAUUACUGGCAGCUUUCUCCAAAAAUCUGGCCAGACAGGGCACAAAGAAAAGGGGAACGCUUUCUAAAGGGAAAUACUGAAAGCUACUCCUGCAUGUCUUUAUACUCCUUACCCAUCAAUGUGACUCGGUCCAGUCACUGAUCAAGUAGCUGUUUAGUUGAAUAGAGUUAAUCUGAAGGCAUGACUUCACUGCCGAUGCCACCCGCCCAUCUGUUCUGUUUAAUCACUUUGUCUUCUUUCUCCUGUUAAGUGUUUCUGUCCUUUUAUAAGUAUUUACUACUUCUGUUAAACGCCUUUUUCUUUUUUCUUUUUUCUUUUUUUUUUCGGAAAGUGGAGGGUGAUUCUGGGGGUUAUGGACUCUAUAUUCUGGCUCAGACUGGGUUUGUGAAGAGCGGUUCUGACCUGGAGUGUCUGCAUGCUUCUGUUUGGGAAAAAAACAUCGAAGUGUAUGAAUAUCAAAAAGGAGACUUUUUUGUUUUGUUUUAUGGCUGUUCUGUUAUCAGAGGCUCAAACUGAGAUCCCCGUUAAGUCUGUAAAUCACAGGAACCUGACCUUCCUCCCUGGGCUCACAUCGCGUUAGGAGGAGUUAUCUUGAAGGUGUGAUUAUGUUGAGAAUCCGUUGCACGUGGGAAGAAAAUGAUCAUAAUCACAUCACGCCCAUCCUCCCUUCUGUUUCUGACAAGCAUCUGAAUAUCCAGCUGCUGUCGGUGUAUGGGUCUUUUUUGCCGAGUCGGAGGGAUCUCAGUCUGGGCGCUCCGCCUGCUCUGUGCUGUGCACCUCUAGUGGAAGAAGUUUUGGUCUACUGUUUGCAUGACCUGGUUAAAUAUGUUUACAUGAAUGAUGAUCAAUUAGUAUAAACACACAUGAUUAUUAUUACUCUGUUGUAUUGAAAAAAAAAAGAUGUAAUACUGUAAUUUUGAGCUAUAUAAUGUGAAGUGAGUAACACCAGAAGUAAUGUUGUUGACAAAGUACAACACAGCACAGUGGACUUAUCAUUUGCAUUGACUCUGAUGGUCAAGUCUCUACCUGAGUGACAUUUCUCCUGUACUAUGUUUAUUUACAACUUUAUUUUUUCAGUCUGUUUUCUUGCCGUUGAUGUGUAGAUCUGUUUAUUCCUCUCUGAUACCCAGGCCCAAGCAGAAAAAAACAUAUCCUGUUUUAGGUUCAGGUGCCAGCCACAGUACAAGAAAAAAAUAAUAAAAAAAUAACAGUGCUGGAGGCGUCACCUGUCCGCCAUGGGAGUAGCCUUCAGUGUGCAAGCUCUACAUUUGUCCUGCUGAGGAGAUGAACUGCAGCACUAAAGCCAUACAGUGAUUCACACGCGCUGUCAUCUUAUAAAUACACCACUCAGACGAAGGAUGGCGAUGUUUCAUCACAAUAUUUAAUGUAGAGAAAAAAAAAUAAAGACAAAAUUCUCCCUGCGACUGCUGGCUGAAAACACUUGAAUCCUGAUAUUAAUCAUGCCAUCACAUUAUUAAUUUAAAGCAUGUCACGACACAGUGCCAUAUUAUUAGUUAGCCGUAGAGAUAGCAAAUCAACCCAUAAAAGUUUUGUUGCCCACAUAAACCAGUUCCCUCAGUCUGUCAUUGAUACUUGCAGGUCCACAGUACAAUAAGAGAAGGCAAUCACUCUGGAUUUACACGACUGUAAUUGUGGAAAAUAUGCAAACUGUGUGUGAAGGGCUUCAUGUUAACUGUAAGAUAGCCAAUGCUGAUGACUUUGAUAACCUGGCUAUUAUUUGUUUGGUAACGACCUUAUAUUGAACCUUACCUGGGAUUUGUUUCCACUCGGCUGUGUUUUUUUUAAGAAGCUUAUUUUACCCAUUACAAACACAUCUAAAUGCAUAAAGAAACACGUGUAUAUUAUAUAUAUAAAUAUAAGUAUAUAUUGUAUAUCCUUUUUUGUAAAAGCUGUUUUGAGCUACAAAUGUAUGGAUGCAAUGCAUCAUGGGUUAUUGAACAAGAUGUAAGAAAAUACAAUGAUUUGUACCCACAGAGAUAUG